AGAUUGGGGGUGCACUACUAUUGGUGUAGUUGUGGGCGUGGGCGAGGUUUCCCCACAUAUGUCCUGUGAUGAGGCAUCCACACCAGGCACUGCCUCCAGGUCCACUUGCUGUCAGAUGGAAAGGGGCUAAGAUAACAACUGAACAUUCGAUGCACGUCCUACGUGCCUAUCGUGUGUCGCUUACUUCACUGCGGCCAAAUCAGAUUGUUUGGGAGCCAUACAGAAAUUAUUUGCGUUCUCUACCCGCAUAUUGUACGGCAGGCCAACACAUAUGGAGGUCUAUUGUGCCGCUCAUACAUUUUUGGGUGGUUGAAGGCCAUCAUCCCGAACGUGUUCUCCGACAGUUUGGGAUGAAGCAAGGCAUACCAGAAGAUGUUGAUACUUCAAUUGAACUGCACAAGAUCACCCUCCAGGGCAAGCACGAAAAAGAUUGGGCCCGAAUACAUGCCCCGCAUAUUGCUAAAUGGGCUGCGCACGCCAGAAUUGCCGAUGCACCGGCCUUUCACGGGGAGAUGAACUACAAUGACGAGUAUUUGGUUUGGUUUCGUCCCCGCACUGUUCGCCAUAUUACAAAAGAGACUUCGUACUGGGACACUUUGGUUGAAUCGCAGUUGCGCAUUAUAACGAAGUGCGAACCAGGGUCUGAGAUCUACACCGACUGUAUUAAUGCCUUGCAAGCUGUUGAAGAGAUCGGUCGGUUAUCCUUGGACCAUGCACGUGACGUGGGCAACACAAGUGAACCAACUGUACGGCGUGGUCGGCAAGCAAGUGGACGUCAAGGGCGUGGAGGCCAUCAAUCUAGCCAGCGUCAUACAUCUAGUCGGCCUCCCACAUCUAGUCAGCGUCACACACCCGUGCCCACAUCUAGUCGACGUCCCACAUCUGCUCAGCGUCCUACAUUUGGUUCGCGUCACACACCCGUGCCCACAUCUAGUCGGCGUCACACACCCGUGCCCACAUCUACUCGGCAUCACACACCCGUGCAUGACCACACAAUGGAGGAAGCAAGUCAGACAACAGAUGAGAUGUGGGACGACACUGCUUAUGACGUAGGCUCCAUGGCACACGAUGAUGCGGGUCCAUUCCAUACGUUUGCCCAUGGAGACACAUCUGGGUCCCCAUCCAUGAGGAGCGAUGGUACUUGCCCACCCAUAUCCCCUAGUACAUCUCCGUUGCCCACCACCCGUACGUCUCCCCCACUGACUACCGGCCCUGCCCCCGCAAUUGUACAUGGUAGAGAUGAGAUGAGGUUCAUGCCCACUCCUGGGCGACCCACCCCUGUUGCCGUCCCCCCUGAGUUUGUGCAUACCGAGUUCAUCCAGACACAGAUACCCACCCCCCCACCAGAGCCUUUGCAUAUCGAGGAUCGGCCACGAAGGCCGCAACGCACACGGACACAUCCUCCUGACUGUGGGACUGGACAUGGCAAGGUGAGACCAGUCAAGGAACCGGUGAGGAGAAGAAAACGAGAAUGAUUCAAGAAUGGGCAAGAAUUUGUGCUACUUUGGGUUUGUAAUGGUGUAGGAUCUUUUUGUCAUGUAUAGGAUCUUCUUGUUCUUUGGUGAUAUAUAUAUAGUAGCACAUAUAUUUUGGCAAUGAACAUGAAGAUUUGGGCUUACAAUCUGAUAUAUUUUUUGUUCGUAACUUGCAAAAUUCUACCAAUGAACUUCAGAAAUUUCCAUUUGA